CUGAUAGACGGCACUGACUGGCAUCACUGCUGGGCACUGACUGGCGGCACUGACUGGCACAACCCCUGGGCACUGACUGGUGGCACUGACUGGCAGCACUGGUGGGUGGGCACAGGUGGGUGGGCACAGGUGUGUGACACUGCAGAGUGGCACAGGUGGGUGCACUGCUGGGCACAGGUGGGCGGAGCUUGCGGGUGGCACUGCUGGGCACCGAUCAUCAGGGCACUGAUCAUCAGUGCCCUGAUGAUCGGUGCCGAUCCCCACUCUGACAACUGCCGAUUCUCGGCAGUACUUUCCACACGAUCUGACAGCGUGAGGAAAGUGCAGCCGAGAACCGGCACUUGC